GUUGCUGUCAUGGGACGUUUUACCAAAAGCCGUUUGGAAGUGCCCCGUGCCCCCGUCACAGUUGAGCCAAACCAUUCACCAUCAUCAAACUAUUUUUCCGGUUCAGCUGCACGUCCCGGCCCUGUGUUCGGUCACGGCAACGGGGCCUUCCAAGCUGCCACCUCAGGCAAGUACACUCAUCCGUUAAGAACCUCACCGCGCCCUGAUGCGUUGUCACUUUCUAGUAAGCUGCGAGCCGUCGACGAAGAAAUGCUAGCAGUCGCCGAGAGAUGUGUCGCUGAUGGUCCGGGACGCAUGUACCGAGGCAUUGAGGUUGAACCCCGCUUCCCCGUCACAGCCGUGCCCUUCACCACCAACGCGCUUUCCUGUUUGAGUUCGAGCCAGCACAGUCGUCCCGGCCCUGUGAACGGGACCAGAAGCGGGGUCAGCCGCGCACUGCUUUCAGGCAAGUACAUGUGGUUUCCCAGAACUAUUCUGCCACCUGAUGUUCCCGAGGUUUUCAGCCAACGCUACGUGCCCACUACCGAACCGCAACCACGACUUGCAGACAAUUCAGCAUUCUCCGUCCCGGAACAGGAUUGUACAUUUCAAUGUGCACGUGCUGAAAUAGCUGAUCUGCCGGACCACGUGGAUUUUCCCUGCUUCCCCGUCACAAUUACGCCGUUCAUCACUGCCAAUCACCGCUCUGAUGAAUCAGAUACGUCGGGACGCACGCACCAAGGUAGUGAGGAAUGCCCCCGCCCCCCGUACACAGUCGAGUCAUCGCAACGUUCCAGCCCGGGUGUUAGCACGAGCCAUCAGAGUCGUCCCGACCCUGUGUACGGACACGGCAGCGGGGGCUUCCGACCUCCACCCACAGGCGAGUACAAUCAAAUUAACGACAGUAGUCCCGCACUGAAUCAUCAAAGUUUGCAGCAAUCCAAAGGCACGCUGAGCUUUAUUACCGUAUACUACCAAAAUGCUGGUGGUAUGCGUACUAAGACGAAGCAGUUUUUCCUCGCCCUGGCCAGCAGCGAUUACGACGUCAUUGCGCUGUCGGAAACAUGGUUGCAGGAUGACAUCGUGGAUGCGGAGUUGUCGUCAAACUACAACUUGUUUCGCCAGGACCGGAACGAAUUGACGAGCGAUCGCAGUAGGGGAGGCGGCGUGCUCAUUGCAGUAAAGAAGGCGCAUGAUUUUACGUGCACACGUGUUCUUUCUGCGGGAUACGAGCAUCUCGAGCAGGUUGCGGUUCGGAUUAAAGCCCGGAAUCAUACCGUCUACGUGUGCUGUAUUUAUAUACGCCCAAACAGCCCUCCAGACGUCUACACCUCACAUGGGACCGCCGUUCAGGAGCUUGUUGAUCUGUCAUCUAAUGAUGACUCGAUUAUUGUAACCGGCGAUUACAACUUACCGCAUCUUGCAUGGACCUUUGACGUGGACGUAAACGGUUUCAUUCCGUUAAACGCAUCUACGGAACAAGAGCUGGCGCUGACCGAAAAUGUUGUUGCAACGGGACUUCUCCAAAUCUGCUCGCUGGCUAAUGUCAACGGAAGAAUCCUCGACCUUGCGUUUGUCAACGAUACGCUCUCAGUCGAACUGAUCGAGCCGCCCAAACCGAUCCUCAGAACGGAUCGUCAUCACAAGCCGUUCAUUCUUCGGGUGGACUUCCCCGAUAUCCCAGGCGUGGCAACGAGAAUCGAGGAUGCUGAGCCGGAUUUCAGUCGCUGUGACUUUGACCGUGUCACCGAAUCCCUCAGCAGCAUUGACUGGGAUGACAUUCUGCAAGAUCAGGACUCCAAUACUUCGACUACGAUCUUCUACGACGUCCUUUACGAAAUCGUGCGACAGUUCGUUCCCUCAAAGCGUGUCUCACGCAACCGGACUGAGAAGCUUCCAUGGUGGAAUGCUGAUCUGCGAAAUCGUCGGAACAUUCUGAGGAAAGCACGUAAAAGAUUGUUCAAAGCCGGCACACCAGAAAAUCAAACCGCUGUCGACCGUCUGGAAAUCGAGUACGAAUUGCUGCAAGACUCACUCUUUCGCGAUUACUUGAAUCGGGUGCAAGUGGACCUGAAAGACAACCCAUCGUCAUUCUGGAAAUACGUGAGGAGCAGGAAACGUACCAGUGUCCUUCCAACAAGGAUUUCGCUCAACGGUUCCACCGCUGAGAAUCCGGAGGACGCUGCAAACGUCUUUGCCGACUUCUUCUUUAGCGUGUACGAGGCGGUUGCACCUUCUGCUUCGAACGAUUAUUUGAACGACCUCCCAACAUAUGAUAUCGAUUUUCCUCAACCAGAAUUCUCACAAGCAGAAGUAAAAUCCGCCCUGGACGCUGUCGAUCCAUCGAAAGGUGCCGGUCCUGAUCGGCUCCCACCUUCCUUCAUCAAACGGCUUUCUGAGCAUUUAGCUAAACCAGUCAGCGUAAUUUUCAACCGCCCUCUGUCUGAAGGAACUUUUCCCGACGAAUGGAAACUUGCAGCGAUCACACCCAUUCACAAAACCGGUAGUACUACGGCUGCUGAAAACUACAGGCCAAUCUCCAUCCUGUCCUGCCUGCCCAAAGUUUUCGAGGUGCUUAUCCACGAGGGAAUGUACUCUGUCGCCCAGGUAGUAAUUUCCGAGUUCCAGCACGGUUUUGUCAAAAAACGGUCCACGGUAUCCAACCCCGAGCAUGGGUAAAUAACAAGGGAAAUGCGUAAUAAUACCUUUCUCUGGUAUCAAUACCAAAUUUUGGUAUUCCUGGACCCUUUAAAAUUUGUCUUGGGGAUUAUGCAAGAGCAAAAUGUGGUAUCAUACCAAUUUAAGGUAUUGUUUUGAUAUUGCAAAAUUGCAGAAUUUGUCAAUGGUCGAACACCACAUAUUGGUAUUCUUUUGGUAAUACAGUGUUUUAUCAAAUUCCUCUGAAACUAUGGGAAAAUGUUGACCAAUUUUGACAAAAUAAUUAAUUUUGCGCUAAAAUUAUGUCUCAAAGCGAAUGCUUUAAUUGAAAACCGGAAAUUUCAAACUUGAUUUUGAACAUUUUUGAUAUACCCCCUAAAUAAAUUAUUUGAAAUUGUGGAAAAUUUUCUAAGUCAGGAUGGUACAUUUUGGUAUUAUUUUGGUAUUAAAGUGUGUCAUCAAAUUCCUCUGAAACUAUGGGAAAAUUUUGACCAAUUUUGACAAAAUAAUUAAUUUUGCACUAAAAUGAUGUCUCAAAGCGAAUGCUUUCAUUGAAAACCGGAAAUUUCGAACUUGAUUUUAAACAUUUUUGAUAUACCCCCUACAGAAAUGACUUGAAAUUGUGGAAAAUUUUCUAAGUCAGGAUGGCACAUUUUGGUAUUAUUUUGGUAUUGAAAGGUUUCAUCAAUUUUCUCUGAAACUAUGGGAUUUUUUUUACCAAUUUGGACAAGAUAAUAAAUUUUGCGAUAAAAUGACUUGAAAAAAAAACCAAAUAAUUUGAAAAACGAGUCAAUCGAAAGAUUAUUGAAUUUUGGUGAAUUUCAAUCCAGUUUUAUUUUAAUAACACUUAUUUUUCAAUCUUGUUAUUUUUCAGAACUUCAAGAACUUCAUGCACAGGCCGUUCAUCAAUGACAAAUGCAUUCGGUGUGGUGAAGAAUAUCACUAAGAACAACAUGGAAUCAUCAGGUGAGUAGAUUUGGCUGUUGCAUAUGGAUCAUUUCCGUUUUUUCACUAACUGCAACUGCUGCACUAAAAAUGGUAUGAAAAUACCAAAUUUUGGUAUUACUUGUGCAAAUAUCAGCGACCAAAAUGUGAUCUUGGUUGCCCAGUAAUAGAUGGUAAAAUACCAUCAAAUCAAACCAAAAUCAUGUAUGUGGAAGACCACAGGAAUACCAAAAUAUGAUUUUCCAAGGGCGCGGGAAUACUUAAAAUUCAACCAUGGCAAUACCAAGUUUUGGUAUUCAAGCAAUGUUCAAAAAUCCAGAAGACCUCAACUUGGUAUUGAAAUGGUUCUAUUUUGAGGUAUUAUUUUACCCUUGGAAUAACAUGGUUUGGUAUUGUUGUGCCCUUCCACAUACUAGACUUUGGUAUGAUUUCAUGGUAUUUUACCAUCUAUUACUGGGCAACCAAGGGCACAUUUUGGUCGCUGUUAUUUGCUCAAGUAAUACCAAAAUUUGGUAUUCCCGUGUUAUUUACCCCUGCUCGGGCCUGAUGGCGUACGUCAGCGCACUGAAUGAAAACCUCGAAAAGUUCAAGCAAACUGACGCGAUCUACUUCGACUUCGCCAAAGCGUUCGACAAGGUACCCCACACGCUUAUUAUCGCAAGGUGGCUGACAGCAUGGAUCCGUUCGUACCUUUCGGGGCGGUUUGGCUACGUCCGUCUCGGUGGCGUCCAAUCGAGGAAUUUCCCGAUUCCAUCUGGAGUCCCCCAAGGAAGCCAUCUGGGACCGCUGAUCUUCAUUCUUUUCGUCAACGACAUCUGCCAAAGGUUGCAGUCUCAAAAACUGCUGUAUGCUGAUGACUUGAAGAUCUUCCGUACCGUGGCGUCCACCAUUGAUUGCGUCGCUCUUCAACAGGACAUCGACGCGAUUCAGGAGUGGUGUAAACUCAACGGAAUGAAGGUGAACCCCAGCAAAUGUAAAAGCAUCAGCUUCACCAGAUCACCCGCUCCAAUUCGGUACGAUUACACCUUCGACCGCCACGAAAUGGACCGCGUCUGCUCAAUCAGGGAUCUCGGUCUGCUGAUCGACCGCAAGCUGAGCUUCUCGGAGCAUGUCUCUUCCACAACAGCUAAGGCGUUCGCGUUGCUUGGAUUUCUGCGUCGCAACACUGCUGAGUUCGAGAACAUCAAUGCCCUUAAAACGCUCUACAUCACCAUGAUUCGAAGCAUCUUGGAAUACGCUGUGCAGGUGUGGGCGCCGCACCACGCUAAUCAACGUGAUCGCUUGGAGAAAGUUCAGCGCCGUUUCACUCUUUAUGCCCUUCGCCGUCUGCCUUGGAGGAACGGCGUUUGGCGGUCGAGCUACAGCGACAGAUGCACCUUGCUGGAAAUGGUGUCACUAGAAAAGCGGCGAACCUUUCUUCAACGGAUGUUCGUCUUCGAUGUUCUGACCGGUCGCAUCGAUUGCCCGCAACUCCGAGAAGAAAUCACGGUGCAUAGACCAACGCGGACGCUGAGGAACCAGCCCCUUCUGAGGAUUCCCUUCCAUCGUACUCUAUAUGGAUACAACCGACCAAUUGACCGCUGCUGCAGAAUUUUCAACUCCGUAUCUGACGAGUACGAGCCUAGCAUGACCAGAGAACGUUUCAAACGAAAAAUUCUAGCUCUUUGAUGCUUUGUGAUAUUUUUAUGUUUUUUGACUGUUUAAUUCUAUGUUAGUUUUUAAGAUAUUCAGUCUGUGCGACUCUGGUCGAAGACGGUGAACAAUAAACAAAUGCUUUGGACAACGAGCAAAGUUCGUCACGUCGUUCGAGUUCGAUUUCUUCUUUAGGGGCAGAACCUUAGCAUGCUUCCAAAGGUUGGGAAAGGUAGAUGUAUUGAUGAACAGGUUAAACAUGUGGGUUAUUUGUUGGAUUACUAGUGGCAGCACGAUUUUCAGAAACCUGAUUGGCAAACCGUCCAUCCCCACGGCGUUCGACUUCACUUCACAGAUGGCGUUAACGACCUCCCAGUAGUGAACGUUGCGGAACGAGAAAUUGUAUUGAGAUGGCAGUGUUCUUGCGUGUUGAUCAUUCCUAGUUUCAGCUGGUGUGAAGCUCGAGAGAAACAUACGAUUGACUUCAUCCGGAUCGUGGUCACAUGGUUGAGAUGGUUUGUCUUUUCCAACUCCAGGGUUCUUCACGCGAGUCCAGAGCAGCUUUGAAGGGAUAUUUGCGUCCAGGUAACCACCGAGAAACGUCUUUUUCGCCCGUUCAAUGACUGAGUUCGCACGAUUUCGCAGCGUUUUGUACGUACGUCGCUUCAGGUCCUUUACGUCCGACGCAGCAGUUCUCCAAUCCUUGUACGCCAGGUCUCGUUCUAGAAUUGCUCGUUGAACAUCAGCUGUAAACCAUCUAUUCGGUGUAUUGCGCCGAGAGUUCGUCCGAAGCGGAAAACAGGUGUCGUGCACUAUUUUGAGUUGCAGUGGAUUUGCUACAGAAAAUGUUACAUUUGAUAACAGUUUAUGCAGCAAGCUCAUAGCUCAAUUUUGCCCGCGUGUGAACAUGUCAGCGAUCUGCAGUUCUCACCAACACAUAUAAUGCUGGCGCGUCCUCGAGCAACACUCCAGAGAGAACAUUAUGUUCGCGCUCUGUCCCUCACAAUUCAUCAAGUGUCCAUGGCGCGGUGGUAGCGUGCUGAAUCAGCAACCUAGAAGUUGAUGGUUCAAUCCUCGUUCUGUCAAGGGUUUUUUUUUUGUGAAAUACAAUUAAUCAGCCGUCGGUAAUGUCGAUAAUUGUCGGUAACGGACAAAAAUGACAUACCCCUAUAUCGCAAAAAAUGCAUGAGGACUAGGGUGCCCAGAAUAUGGGACGUUUUUUCAAAACCUCGCUCCACAAGCUGAUUAUUGUUCCUUGAGCUAAUUUAGGACUCUGGGCCAAUCUGUGCAAAAUCGGACAACGUUUACCCAUUGAUCUUGUAUGAAAAAAAUCUCAAAAUGUAUGAAAACCCCAAUUUUCUUACGGUUCAGUCUGCACGGUGCGCUACUUCCAUCCAAAUAUUCCCAAAAGUGAGAUUCUCAUUCGAAAUUUAAUGCUCUACAAUUUUGUAGAACAUACCAAAGCUGUAAAGCUCGAAUCUAAAAAGUUACUAGCGAUUCAAAAAUGUCAUUUUUGUACACCCAAAGAAAAAAUAUAUCUCAAAAUCUGCAACAUUGGAUUUGCUGCAGAAAAUGUUAAAUUUUGUAACAUUUUUGCAGCAAGCCCGUGAUCAUUUUUGCCCGCGUGUAAAAAUUUCAGCGAUCUGCAGUUCUUACCAACACAUAUAAUACUGGCCCGUCCCCGAGCAACACUCCAAAGAGAAGCAUAUGUUGGUGCUCUUUCACUCACUUUUCAUCAAGCGUCCAUAGCGUGGUGGUAGCGUGUCGGAUCAAUAACCAAUAAGUUGGUGGUUCAAUCCUCGUUCUGCUAAGUGUUUUUUUUUUGUGAAAUACAACCAAAUCAUCAUUUUUUUCAUAUUUUUUUUCAUUUUUUUUGGGCACCCUAAUGAGGACAGAUUUCAUGCAGAUUCUGAUAUACUUUCAUAGGGACGUGGCGUUACAUCGUGCUGCCACCUGGUUUUUUUAAGCGCAAGAGUGUAAAAGUGCUGAGUCAUCGUCUAAAAAUAGACGGCGUCCUAUCUCGCCCAGCAAAAUGAUGUCGAUAAAGUAGUCGGUUUCGAUGAGGAAAAGUGGAAAACGUGGUCUAAAAAUAGCGACGCCAUCCCCCUAUGCCGCCAUGUACAGUGAGUCAAAUAUUUGUCCGUACCCCCCCGUACGGAAAAUGUUUGUGAUAUAAAAGUAUAUAAAAUUCGACUAAAGUACAUCGAAGCAUCAAUCGAAGCGGUUUAAGACAUCGUCAUUGGAUUUGCAAAAAACUUUUCUUAAAAAAUACAAAAUUAGUUUACUGAAAAAAGUCAAAAAAGAGGUCAAAUAAUUGUCCGUACCCCUAAUAAAAGUAAAAAAUCUGAUUGAUUUAAAUGGAUUCAUUUAUGAAAUUUUGUUUCUGUGUCAAAUACUAGUACCUCUAGCUAGUUUGUGACAACUUUGAACUUCUAUUAAAUUUGUUUAGUUAGUUUAUAUUAAAAAUUGGUUUAAAUUUAGUUUUUUUAAGUAAAAUUUUUAAAAACAUUAGUUUAUAAACAAAUAUUUUUAUGAAUAUGCUAUUUUAUGUUGUAAGAGUCUCUAUUGAACAAGUUUAAACAAUAUUUGUUCAAAAUAUACAUUGUUUUCAUCUUUUUAGUGACAUUUUUCGACCAAAAAUACUGUUUCGGAACAAUACCGUUAAACAAUCCGGAUUGUCCCGGAACCGGUUUAACACCUCGGAGGGGGGGGGACCAAACAUUUCUUCAAAAGAUACAGAUUUUUUAAUUUUCAUUGCUGCCAAAUUUGUAUGGAAAACUAUAUGGACAAACUAAUGAUACAAAAUUGCUUGGGCACCAAAAAAGUUUCAGACGGAUUAAAAAAAUCAAAAAUUAAAAUUAAAGAAUAAAGACCGAUUUUGUAUAGAAUUGCUUGGCUGUACAAACAAAAGUUAUGUGAAAAUAAUCGAAAAAAUCGAUUUCGUGUCUUUGGCAAAGUUGUAGACAAAUAACUUGAAUCUCUCCUCUCCUAAGUCUCCUAAGUGUGAAGGUAUGGCAUAGAGAGAGGGCACCGAAUACCUAUAUUUAUACACUUAGAAUUGUUUGCGUCCGCCUCGGUAUUCGAAUCGGCGACCUCUGGAUUAUACAUCUCGAUUGCAGGAGUAGAAGAUGGUUGGAAAGUCAUUAGUAAAAUGCAGGUUCGGGGAGCCCCCGCGAUAGCGAUCGUUGGGUGUUUGUCGCUGGCUGUUGAAAUUUAUAACGAAACAUUUAUA